AAAGCGUGUUAGGCUAGAGAAACUUUUAUUCUGUUCACAACGAUUUGCUCUAUUGAACAGUUCAGUCUAUAAAUGACCCCUUUUCAAAUGGUCUCGGAACUGUAACCUUCAGUUUAUUUAUGUGAUGAGUUAUGGACUGCACGAAAUAUUCCAAAAAGGAUUCAUCAUAGUGCUGUAUAUCUAUGUGAUCGAUUGUCAAAAAACAACCUGUCUUCACAAGAAUCAUUCAGUUGCUGAAUUGGUGUUAGAAUCUACCGACUCGAUAAUCCACGAAGAACUGUUAAAAUUAUGCCCGGAAAAUACAUCUCUUCUUUUCAUCACCAGUUAUGUGGUUUCCGGACCUCGAGUUUUAUCCCCUGGGUUUUUAGGGAGUUCCAUCUUACCCAAACUAAAGGAGCUAUUUAUCAGUAAUAUUCAUUUGGAAAUCCCAAGAACUGAAUUGCUCAACAAUAUUUCUUCUAACCUGGUAACGUUGUCAAUUAGUAAUUGUAGUAUACAAUCUCUGCCACCUUUUGGCUUGCUAUUGGGUCUUGCUAGCCUUCGAAUACUUGAUUUAAGUCUCAAUAAGUUGAGUCGACUGCCUGUUGAUAUAUUCCAGUAUUCAAAAAAUCUUGCCUUCGUAAAUCUUUCUCACAAUUUAUUAAAUAUUUUGCCCAGCUUGCCGCAUCCGUUUCAAGUUUCUGUUUCUGACAAUCCAAUCGCAUGUUCCUGUGUUAAUUCUAGACUGUUAUCAAAAGGACGUUUCGAGGGUCUUCCUGUUUGUGAUCCAUGGCCCUCACCUUGUGGACCAACAAUAGUUACCGAUUUAUAUUUAAGUCCAACUGGGUCUAACGUUUCGUCAUUUGGUGGUAACUCUUCUGCUUCCAUCUUUACAGGACAACGCCUUUCUUUUAUUUGUAAUGUAAAUUCUGAUUUAUCUUAUGAGCUUUUUUGGGUUUCGCCUAUUGGUGUUAUUUCCCUUUCCACCAUUAAAUCCGAAGUUACCACAUAUUCUCUGCAUUACGUCGUUCAACCCAUUUUAGCCCCCACAGUGUUACACAUAACGCAGGUUAAUGACACAAUAAACUUAUUAGAUGUCGAGAACACAAGAGGAUAUUUAAGUGGGAAAUGGUUGUGCGUUGCCCAUUCUUCAGAAGUUACUAGUCACUCUACACCUAUCAACAUCAGAGUUGUUUCCAGCUUAUACUUUGGCCAAAUAUACUACAUAUCGCUUUGUUAUGGGUAUGGUGGAAUGAUCCUGUUAUUGUUAGUUGGUAUAAUCGGGGGUACAAUCAGAUAUUGUAGCGAAACUCAUUGUCUCAGACGUCGUCAGCCAUCCUAUGCAUUUAAGGGUAAAACCUAUGUUGGAGUUAUCCCAGUCCCCGAAGUAGAAUGUGCAGAGAUUUCGCAAAAUUUUAAAACUGCUGAAAAGAAACUUUUAAUCCCACUGCGAGACUCAGGAUGGACUUAUAAUAGAUAUUUUGGCCCAUGUACUCACUGGAAAUGCAACAUGUGCAGAACAGUUCAUUUCGCCGAAGAAAUCCAGGAAAUUAAAGAAGCAGGUUUAUCAUUUGCAGCUGGAAGCGUACCCGUGGGCCGAUUAGCUCCUGACGGUGAAAUAAUUGUUAUAAAUGCUAGUGACUCUAACGCAGAACCUAUUGCUCUAAAUGAUGAUAAACUACCUACUUCAGAUGAUCACAACUCCGAGUUGAUGGAAACUCAUCAGCCGCUUAUAAUUGAUUCUAAAUUGAGAACUGGUGAAGCUAAUGUUCAUUGCAACCGCCCUCAAAUAUGUAAAUAUGAAGUUUGUGUACGGUCGGGAAAUUGUGUAAUCAGAGUCCGACUGGACACAGAUAAUUCUCAUUCCUUUGACUACUUGCAUUCACUUACUUCUGUAGAUAACAAUUUUUGUGUCCCCUGUCUCCCUCGUCCAGGGAGCGCAGACGUCAAGUUAGUUGUAUCAAACGAAAAGCUUGCACAAGAAUAUCACGAAGCACUGGCUAGUUUAGCUCAAGCCGUCGAAAAUCCCGAUCCCGCACACUUUCGUGAAAAGCUCGAAGACUUCCGAAGCAGACUUUGUCGUGAUGUUGGUCACGGGGUUAAAAUUUUGCGCGGUGAAUUUCAGGACCUAAGGGCUAAGUCUGCGAAAAGUGUUGCAUCUCUUCGUAACCAAAGUUCUGUUGCUGCACAACGCAUGCGAGCAGGGAUCUCUUACGGAGUAGAGCAAAUGAAAGAUGGUAUGCGCAGCGUUGCUGAAUUAUGCGGGGCUUCAAGGACAAUCGGCCAAACUAUAUCAGUUGUAAGUGUGUAUGUGGAUGAAAAAGAUCAAAUUAAAAGGGAAAAACAUAUUUCUGAUUUUGUGUUUUAGUUUUGAUGUUCUGUUUCCCAAAUAUAUAUUUAUAACGCGU